UUUGGCGUGGAGAGAGGGAGGCGAGGAGGGCCGGAGGUGCGGGAGCGAAAGUGAUCCAUGGAGUGAGAGAGAGAGAGAGAGAGGGAGGGAUUGACUCUCUGCUUUGGACUCUUUUUUAAAACUGCAAUAAGUCUGCGUCCUCAUCCUCCUUCUCUGCAAAGACUACGAGCAGCAGAUCAGCUCAGAACGACGUGAAGAAAUUGAAGCCCAGAGGAGGAGCUGCUGUUCCAGGGCUGGUCCCUGUGCUCCACAGCAGCUCAGAGCCUGCCUGCAAAUAUAUGUGUGUGUGUUUGCGUGGAGGCGUGAUGAAAGCGCGGGGAGAGGCUACAGGACUGGGCGGAACGUGCACAAUCGGCCGAGGUUCACCGGGACUCAGGCACAAGCAGGCGCUGGCAGCCCGCUGGUGCACGGGACUGUAGUGAAAAAGACUGCGCUCACACUCGCUGGCAGAGUGUAACUUUCCUUUUGACAGGGAAAGUGUAGAAGAAAAAAUAGCGUAGAAAACUAUAAAGCCAUUUUUCAUUUUUUAUCAUCAUUUUUUUCUUUCUUUUCUUUUUUUUUGCACACAUACCUCUUCUUCUCUGCAGCCGCGAUAAAGGACCAGCACAUCGCCCUCCAGCAGCACCAUGAGUCGAUGGCUCAAGUGCACCUCCAUGUACUUCGUAGAACACAGACUGGAAUAAGUAUGAUGACAGGCUGAUGAAGGCAGUGGAAAGGGGAGAGGUGGACAAGGUUGCAGCUGUACUCAGUAAGAAGGGCAUCAUCCCCACGAAACUUGACGUCGAGGGACGUUCUGCUUUUCAUCUUGCUGCCACCAGAGGACAUCUGGACUGCCUUAAUCUCAUCCUUGGCCACGGUGUUGAUGUCACAGCCACCGAUGCCACGGGGAAAAAUGCCCUACAUCUGGCAUCCCGGAACGCACAGUCGUUGUGUGUGCAGAAGCUCCUGCAGCACAGCUGUCCUGUUGGAAACGUGGACCUGCAGGGGAGAACAGCGCUGCACGAUGCUGUAAUGGCCGGCUGCUCCUCCAGUGUUAAACUGCUGUGUGACGGAGGAGCUUCAGUCAAUGCCAGUGAUUUUGACGGCCGGACUCCGUUGGUGCUGGCCACUCAGAUGUGUCAUCCCCGUAUCUGUCAGCUCCUGCUGGAUCGAGGAGCUGACAUUAGAGUGCGAGAUAAACAGAACAAAACAGCGCUGAUUCUGGGAUGUGAAUAUGCCUGUAAGGACGCUGUGGAGGUCUUGCUGAGGAGCGGUGCUGAUGUCACUGCUGUGGACGGUUUCGGCCAUGACAGUUAUCACUACGCCCGACUCAGCAAAAACCAGGAGCUCGUUAGCCUCGUUAAGAGCUACCUGGACAGUGCUAUUAAAGCCAAAGAAGUGGCCCGGAUGGAGCAGAAGAAGAGACAGCUGUCUGUGGAUACAGCGUCCGAGACGUCCUCUAAUAGGGAUCAGAUCAUUCAUGACCUGGAGAAACAAAAUGAAAACCAACAAGAAUCCCUGAGGAAAUAUCAUCAGGAACAAAGAGCUCUGCUGGACAAAGUUCACCUGCUGCAACAGCAGCUCAGUCAGGAAAAAUCGACAGUGGAGGACAUUAACAAGGAGAGGGAACAACUCAAGCUCCUUCUGUCGACCAAAGAGAAGGAGGAAGGAGCCAGGGCUGCAGAGACGGUGAAAGUUCAGCUCAGGAGUCAUAUGGGUGAUUACUCGGGUCAGUCCGUGAUUAAAGGGAAAGAAAAUAUCCUCGUCAGGCAAUCCUACAGUCUGGAUUCAACUCAGAUUUUGCAGCCUCCAGUUCCAUCUCGUUCCGUAUCCCGACCACUGGAGCUUUCUCACCCAGGGACCCCAAGUGAAGUGGACACUCUACGACAGGAGCUGAGCUCCAUCCGUAAGAAGAACGAAACUUUCCAGGAGGAAGCAGGUCGCCUGCAGGCGGCGCUCGCUCGAAAGGCCCAUGAAUGCGAGGAGCUGGCCAAGAGUCGUGAUUUGGCCAAGCACGAGGCCGACCGGCACAUCCAAGAGCUGGAGGGGGCGCUGGGAGACGUACAGAAAAGGAUGUUGGACUCAGAAGCCAAGGUCAAACAGCUGCAAGCCCACGUGGUGGCCGUGAAGGAGCACCUUGGCAACCAGAUGGUUGACGACCUCAAGGCUCAGCUUGGCGAGGUCAAGGCCAAAUACGAGGGUGCUUCGGCUGAGGUCGGCAGGGUCAGGAACCACCUGAAGCAGAGCGAAAAAGCUCUGGAGGAGUACAAGAAAAGUGAAGGGCUUCUGGCGCAAGAGGCAGAGAGGCUUGCAGCUGAGCUGAAUGCGGUGAAAGAAGAGCGUGAGGAGAUGGCUGAGACUCUCCUGGACAUGGAAGCUCGAGUUAAAGAAGCAGAGACCCACCUUGUGGCCAUGGUGCCUGGGGAGAAGUUUGACAAUAUGAAGAACUUGUUGACCAACGCAGUUGAUGAGAAGGAAAGGCAGCUGGCCGAGCUGAGGGAGGACUACGAUCGAGUGCUGGAGGAGGUUGCAGAGCUCCACAGGGAGGUGGGCAGUCAAGAUGUCAUCCCCAUCCAGGAGCAUGAGAGGGUCAGGAUGGUCCUGGAGGAGCAGGGUGCCGCCCUGAAGCAAAAGCUGGCCGAAGUCACCUCCAAGUGCCAGUCGCUAAUCGAUGAAGUUGAGCAGGGUGAGGAUGAGCGAGAGCUUCUCCGAGAGGAACUCCAAGAACUCACGCACAACCUCCAGACGAAGUUUGUUCCCGUUGACGCUCAUGAGGAAGUGAGGAGAUCUCUGGAACUCGCCUUGGAGGAGCUGAAGGAGCAGUUGGAGGAGACUGAGGAGCGGUUGAAGAGGAUCCAAGAGGAGAAGGUCUCUCUGUCUGAGAAUGUGAACAACAUCAAAAGCACUUACAUGCCCCGCGAAAAGUACGACAGCGAAGUGGCGGCACUGUCGUCUCGCAGCACACAGCUGACCAAAGACCUAGAGGAACUCCAGAGGAAGUUCCAGGAGAAGGUGAAGGAGUUAGAGGUUGUGGCAUCCAAGAAUGCGGACCUGAAACGCAGCAUGGUGGAAGAGUUUAUCAGGAAGGAAGUGCAUGAGCAAGUGCGGACCGAGUUGAGCGAAGCUUUGGAGAAAGCAAGGGCUGAAAUUGCGAAGUUGGAGGACGAUGGACGAGUCAGGGAAGAAGAGCUGAGGAAGGUGAAGGAAGGACGUGACAAGUUAAAAGAGGAGUUUGAGAAAGUGCAGGAGAAAUUGGAGAAAGACUAUAUCAGCCUUGUGGAGCACAGGUCUGCGACAGGAAGUUUGAACAGUGCUUUAGCCGAGGCGGAUAAACGAACGGACGAGGCCUUGUCCAAAUAUGAGUCUGUUCAGGUAGAUAACGAGAAGCUUCACCAAGAAAUCGAAGAGCAGAAGAGAGAACUGGACACAAUUCAGCAGGCGAUUCAUUCUAAAUUUGUGCCGUUGGCCACUGUGGAGGAAAAGGAAAGGAACUUUGAUUCUACUUUGAAAGACUUGCGAGAGGAACUAAGUGAAAUUCGGGGGAAGUAUGAGAACACAAAGGCUGAUAUGGAAAGUCAGAGGCAGGAGAAGGAAGCUGUGAAGUUGGAGAUGGCAUCGGUGCAGCAGAAACUGGAGGCUAACUUUGUAUCUGGUGAGAAGUACAGAGAAGCGGAGGACGGCUAUAAAGGUCAGGUGGAGACGUUGAGUCUGAAGUUGGUGGAGCUGGAACAGCAGUACAUGGAAGUGACGGUGCAAAGAGCUGAGCUGGAGGAGCAGAAUGCACUGUGCACGACUGAAAUCCAGAACCUCCAGAAGCGUCUGGAGUGCGAAUACGUUCAGAUGGAACAGUUCGAGGCCAUGCAGAACUCUCUGGGAUCCAACCUGAAGGAAGCACAGGCUGAGUGCGAACGACUCCGAGAGUCCUACAACCUGGAAGUUCAGCGUGUCCGAGAGUUGGAGAGAGAACUGCAGAGUCACAGUAGUGAAGGCCAGACCAGAGAAACCUUGGAACGGGAGUUGGCUGAACUCCGUCUAGCCUUGCGGGAAGAGGAGGAGACCAGCGCCCAGAGGGCCGAAGACGUCGCCACCCUGCAAACCGAGCUGCUCAGGGCCACACACACCUUGGACGACCUCCGCAGCUACGAAGACCAGGUGUCUGAGCUUCGUGCAGAGAAGCAGAGGCUGGAAGAGGAGGUGGCCGGGCUCAACGAUCGGCUCAUGGGUCUGGAAGAUCAGUGCGAGGAGCUCUACAAGGAGCUGGCCCUGGCCAGGGAGGGCGAGAGCAGGGCACGGACCGAGACGGAAAACCUUCAGGCCAAGAGCGCCUCCAUCGAAAAAGAGAUCCGAGAGCUUAAAGAACGAUACGAUGACUCUCUCGUUACCAUCGGAGAUUUGCAGAAGAGAAUUCAGGCUUCUUCAGAGCAGACCGAGGCCAAAGACAAAAGGAUCACAGAGCUGUUGGCGGACGUGGAGAGGCUGAAGCAGGCCCUGAAUGGUCUGUCCCAGCUGGCCUACACUGGCAACACGCCCAACAAGAGACACACACAGCACAUUGACACACUCCAGGCACAGGUCAAGAGCCUCCAGCAGCAGCUGGCUGAUGCUGAGAGGCAACACAGAGAGGUGGUUUCAAUUUACAGAACUCAUCUCCUGAGCGCUGCACAGGGUCACAUGGACCAAGACGUCCAGGCAGCCCUGCUGCAGAUUAUCCGAAUGAGGCAGCAGUUUGUGUGCUGAAACCCUGCAGCCUGAAGACGCCACUGACUCAAAUCCAGUGUUCCUCUAUAGGCUUACAAUAAGACAAAGCUGUGCCCUGGUUCAGUCAGAACACAUUCCCGGCUUUAGACGCGUCCUCCCCUGUGUGGUACAGUGAGCUUCAGUAGAAUCAGAGCCGGUUAAUGUCGGCUGGUGAUUUCCAGCAUUGGUCCUGGCGCUGGCGGUUGCGGUACUGUUGCUCAGAAGUGCUGUAAUCAGGCCUACUUUAAUCCUGCUUUAUAGAAACGCUGAACUACCAGCAGAGCAGUGCUUUGAGUCAGUGCCGAUGAAUGAAUAGAGGGCUCACUUUUGACUGGCAGCAGCAGCAGCAUAAUAACACUGGACUGUAUCACUAAUAAUUUAUUGUGCUGCAGUCGGGCCGCCAUGUGCUGUAGGGCCAUGUGAAUGUUCAUGCUGGAGGUUUUUAAGGUCGCCAUAUGUUUAAAUGAUGAAUUAUUACAUAUUCUGUCAUUAUUUUAUCUGUUAGCUAUUAGUCUACAAUUAGAAUUUGCUAUAAAACUGCUGUCAAGGAGCAGGUCUCCUCCUACCCCUGCUGUAAAAAGGUACCGGGCACAAAAGCAUUGUUUACAAAAGGUCCAAAUAGAGUAAACCCAUAUACAGCCCAUUAAUUUUAAUGUGUAAUUAAAUGAUGAGUUAUUUAGACACUUUACAGCUUUGGAAAAAAAUAAGAGAAUCUGAACCUGAAUCAGUUUCUCUGAUUUUGCUAUUUAAAGGGUUAUGUUUGAGUAAAAUGAGCAUUGUUUUAUUCUAUAAACUACAGACAAAAAUUCAAAACUAAAAUAUUGUAAUUUAGAGCAUUUAUAAGCAAAAAAUGAGAAAUGUGCAGAGCUUUCAGACCUCAAAUAAUGCAGUUUUCAUGCAUCUUGGCAUGUUCCCCAUGUUCUCCUCCACAAGUCUUUCACACUGCUUUUGGAUUUGAAGUUUAUGCUACUCCUAGUGCAAAAAUUCAAGCAGUUCAGCAGUUUCAGGUUUAAAGGCUUGUGAUCAAACAUCUUCCUCUUGAUUAUAUUCCAGAGGUUUUCAAUUUGGUAAAAUCAAAGAAGCUCAUCAUUAUUUUUAAGUGGUCUCUUAUUUUUUUUAAAGGCAUACAAAGUGAUUUAAUUCUUCUGUUUUCAUCAAAAAAGAGAAAAAUCUAAAAUCUCCAAAGCUCCAGAGUUUAGUUUUAUUUAUAGUUCUCAUCUUAGCAUCUUAGCAGCACAUGGUUUAAUAUCUUAGCGAGUGUUUAAUGAUUAUAAAUCAGGUGUGCUGCUGAUGGAAUUGAGCUGUUUUUAAACAGUUUUUUGCUUGUAGAAACAGGACGUUGGUGAGAGAAAUUCAGUUCUUUUUCGUCUUCUAUUGUUUAACAGUGAUUAAACCUGAAUUAAUUUGCUGUAAUUGGUCUGAAAGGCCGUAUCAUCUAGAAAAGUUUUUUUUUUCUUCUUUCUCAGUGUUAAUCCAGACUAUGGGUUUUUUGAUUCGAACAAAAAUGGAAAAUGUCUAAAAUAAGUCCAAAUUAAACAAAGUAGAAAUGGUGUAAAAGAUCUCUAUAAGCUUUAAGCUAUAAGGGCAUAAAUACAUGCAAAUAAAUGAACAAAAUUUAAAUGUGAA